AUGCUGCUGCUCAUAUCUCUGCUGCUGAUGGGACUCCACUGUUUGCUGGGAGCCCCGGCAGGUCGAGAGGUCUACAGGAUGCCUCAGAGCGCUCUCAAAGCUCUCUCUGAUCGAGGCACUGUGGUUCUCGAGGCGGCCAUGACUAGUGCCCUGUCCACUCUCGACCGUGCAUCAUCUGAGAGAAGUCGGGCGGAAGCAGGCUGCCGAGGCUGUGUUCCCUGUUUGUUUCAGGACUGUGGGCAGCUGUCUGGCUCCUGUUCGUCUCCUGCCAAUGCCCUUUCAGAGCCCAGCUGUGAUGUCAUCAGUAAGGCGCAGAAGCUUCAAGAUGAAGCUGAGCGGAGUUGGGCUCUUAGUCAGGCCUGUGCAUACUACCAGCAUCGCUGCCCAGCUGGUGAACUGGACAAAGAGAGCUGCAUCAGGAUCAUGGGGGAGAGCUGCAGCGCCCGGGUCCUCCAGUGCAGCCUGCUGAACACCAUGCAGAACCUGGAGCCUGCCACACAGACGCAUGCACAGGCAGUGUGUGGUCAGAGGUCGUCCGCGGUGCAGAACAUCACACAGCCUCGCUCCCGGAUCGUGGGGGGCUCGCCGGCUCCUCCAGGCAGCUGGCCCUGGCUGGUCAACCUCCAGCUAGAUGGUGGCCUGAUGUGUGGGGGGGUGCUGGUGGACAGCUCCUGGGUGGUCACUGCAGCUCACUGUUUUGCUGGCAGCCGGAGUGAGAGCUACUGGACUGCUGUGGUGGGGGAGUUUGACAUCACAAAGACGGACCCUGAUGAGCAGGUUCUCAAAGUGAACCGCAUCAUCCCUCAUCCUAAGUUCAAUCCAAAGACAUUUAACAACGAUAUAGCCCUAGUGGAGCUGGCAUCCCCAGUCGUCCUGUCUGGUCGUGUGACCCCGGUGUGUCUCCCCUCCGGCAUGGAGCCCCCUACUGGCAGCCCGUGUCUGGUGGCAGGCUGGGGCUCCCUCUAUGAGGAUGGUCCAUCUGCUGACGUGGUGAUGGAGGCCAAGGUGCCUCUGCUGCCUCAGAGCACCUGUAAGAGCGCCCUUGGCAAAGAACUGGUCACAAAUACCAUGCUGUGUGCUGGCUAUCUCUCCGGAGGAAUAGACUCAUGUCAGGGUGAUUCUGGAGGCCCCUUGAUCUACCAGGACCGAAUCUCAGGUCGGUUCCAGCUCUUCGGCAUUACCUCCUGGGGAGACGGCUGUGGGGAGAAGGGCAAGCCUGGAGUCUACACUCGGGUGUCUGCCUUCUCUGACUGGAUUCAGGCUGAGAUACACAAGUCCUUUGGAAGCAGGGAGCCGACCUGCCAGGAGCUUCUGAAGACAACAGAAAUGACGGAGGAGGAACAGCGGUCGGAGUUCAGCUCCAUCUGUCGUUUCUACACCCUGACCUGCCCCCCCGGUCAGUCAGCCAGCGCCUGCAGCCGGAUGGCAGAGGACAAGUGCCUCACCCGCUUUAAGAAAUGUCGUAAGUGCUCUAAUUUAAAAUCUCAGCUUGAUGGAUGA